AUGGCCAUCGACAGCCUUAAGAUAUGCACAGUCUGUGCCUCCAAUAAUAACCGGUCCAUGGAGUCACACAAACAAUUAAAAGAUGCUGGGUAUGAUGUAAAGUCGUUUGGCACUGGAUCUGCCGUUCGACUUCCAGGUCCUCUGAUCGACAGACCGAACGUAUACGAGUUUGGAACUCCGUACGAAGAUAUAUACAACGACUUGAUGAGCCAGGAAGCCCACAAGAUGUACGAGUCCAACGGGUUGAUUCAUAUGUUAAAUCGUAAUCGACAUGUAAAACGAGCUCCAGAGAAAUGGCACGCCAAUGCUUAUGCUGGUAAGUUUGACUUGGUUAUAACGUGUGAGGAGCGUUGUUUUGACUCUGUGAUUGACGACUUAAUGUAUAGACUCGUGAACAAGGAAGACGCGGACACAGAAGUCAAGCAGGUGGUUCAUGUGGUUAACGUGGACAUCAAAGAUGACAACGAAAAUGCAUUCAUAGGAGCCAAGGGGAUCGUCAAGUUAGUGACGAUGAUCCACGAGUUCAAGGAGAGAGCCAAGGAAAAGCGGAAAAACGGCAGUUUUGAAGACGAAUCGGAGUUACUAUUGGAAGACAACAUGAUGCGAAUUUUGACCGAAUGGCAGCGAGAACACACCCACUUGCAGACAUUGUAUGGUGUAGCGUACUAUUAG